AUGCUUGUUGAUAUUUGUUCAGAUUUAGAAGACUCCGUUAUUGUGGGAAACAGCAUAAAUUACUUGAGGACUUUAAGAAGCUGGCUGUCUCCAGUGGCACGAAGCGUGAAUUCGCCCUGGAAGCGCUGUUGGCAUGCAUCUGUGGACGGCUGGGCUGCAAGUACAUUUCACUCACGAUGUGAUGGCAAGGGACCGACUGUAACAAUAAUAAGAGUUGGAAAAUAUAUUUUCGGAGGAUACACCAGUGUUUCAUGGGGUAAGUUUUUGUUGUUGAGAUAGGCUGAUCCAGGCGUUCAGAUAGUAGAGCGCGGUCUUCGGAUGGUGGGAGGCGAGUUACGCAAAGGAAACGAGGACGAGCAUCAUCAAAACUAUCCAGCCUUUGGAUGCACAGAUUGAAUGGAUGUUUUUUUCACUUUUCUUAGAUCUUGUUCUAGCCUCACUCCGCCCCUUAUCCUCUCGUAUCAUCACUACUUCCUGAAUUUAAAGACGAUUCUCAUCAUUAGUAAGCUUCAUUUGAACCUAAAAAGUACUUAUACGGCUAUAAAUAUUAUAAUCAUUUAGCUGGGGAUUCCAGGCUGCAAAUACAGCAUGCUAAAUCAUAGUCCAGUCAAAUUGUGGUUUAGCAUUAAAGUAAUUGCAACAGAUUUUUUUCAACGCCAUUAAAUUGUUGGAUGGCUAUUUAACAACAUACUAAAAAUCCGCCAAAAUCAGUUUCGGUGAAAGAUGUGAAAAAUUGGCAAUAAAUAUUUUCAACUUUCACCACAGGACACACAAUUUCAGGAAGAUCACAAAUUCAAGUCUGAUAACAACCUCGUUCCCAGGGUUCUCUCCUACCCUGGGAACGAGGUUGGUCUGAUAAUUGUGUUCUUUUUUCUCAAGAAUUUUCGAUGGAACAUCGCUAAUGUUUUUUGGGUAGUUUUGUUUUAAAAACCGCCGACAAAAUGUGUGAGAAACACAGGGGUCAGUGUUUCGUCUUGAGGGCUUUGCACAGGUUACCCAGCCACUCGUCUGUCUCACAUUCUGUUUUCCAAGCUUUAAUUGUUUUUUCUAUGACGGUAUUUAAAAUGGAAAUUAUUAGUCAGUCUUUGUUAACAUGGUUUUUGCGCAAUAUCACUGAAAUGCAGUAAGUAUGAGCAGUUUUACAUCAGGCUUGUAAUUUUUUUGAUAUUUUGCAGCAUGGAUAUUCAGCGUAGCUGACUGAUGGUGAACAAUUUGAUUUGAUAUUUUGUUCACCUUUAGUCAGCUACUUAAUUUGAUUCCAUGCUGCAAGAUACGUGCGACUAAAUGUUUGCAACGGACGAUAGCUUUUGUAUCAGUACCAACUAUUUAUCCUAUUCCCAUUUUGUUCAAAAAUCUUGGACAAUAUGUGUGAUCGAAAUCAGGGAUUCUUUUUAUUUCUCGGGACAUGAGCAACCUCCUUUAUGAUUGCGACUCUGUACUUUACAAUGUGAGUGAAUAAAUAUUCUGCUAAGGACUCCGUCUAUUUGGUUUUUGCUUGAUCGUAACGGUCUGCGCUUUUCAUUACACAUGGGAAAUCCAGAAACCCAAGCGCAGUAUGAUUGUUCUUUUUUUUUAAAUCUUCUUCUUGUAGCGAGUCUCAGAUCUCAGUUUAGUUUAGUGUAUCUUUGUCAGUUUGUAUUUUCUGCGUCAGUCCUUCAUUUCUUGGUNGCACAGGUUACCCAGCCACUCGUCUGUCUCACAUUCUGUUUUCCAAGCUUUAAUUGUUUUUUCUAUGACGGUAUUUAAAAUGGAAAUUAUUAGUCAGUCUUUGUUAACAUGGUUUUUGCGCAAUAUCACUGAAAUGCAGUAAGUAUGAGCAGUUUUACAUCAGGCUUGUAAUUUUUUUGAUAUUUUGCAGCAUGGAUAUUCAGCGUAGCUGACUGAUGGUGAACAAUUUGAUUUGAUAUUUUGUUCACCUUUAGUCAGCUACUUAAUUUGAUUCCAUGCUGCAAGAUACGUGCGACUAAAUGUUUGCAACGGACGAUAGCUUUUGUAUCAGUACCAACUAUUUAUCCUAUUCCCAUUUUGUUCAAAAAUCUUGGACAAUAUGUGUGAUCGAAAUCAGGGAUUCUUUUUAUUUCUCGGGACAUGAGCAACCUCCUUUAUGAUUGCGACUCUGUACUUUACAAUGUGAGUGAAUAAAUAUUCUGCUAAGGACUCCGUCUAUUUGGUUUUUGCUUGAUCGUAACGGUCUGCGCUUUUCAUUACACAUGGGAAAUCCAGAAACCCAAGCGCAGUAUGAUUGUUCUUUUUUUUUAAAUCUUCUUCUUGUAGCGAGUCUCAGAUCUCAGUUUAGUUUAGUGUAUCUUUGUCAGUUUGUAUUUUCUGCGUCAGUCCUUCAUUUCUUGGUAAGAUGAAUAAGUAGAUUAAUCGCUCUGUGGUCUAAAGGCGUUUAUAUUCCCUCCUUGCAUUUCUUUUCUGAGAACAACCAUGAACCUUGACCAGUUUUUUCUCGUCCAUUGGCAAAUGAAGACCUGUCGUGAAUGCUAACGCAGAAACUUCACGAUUUCACAGUUUCAAGGGUUUAUUCUAAAUAGGAAAAGUUCACUGCCAAAGGUACACACGAAAUCUAAACCCAACUAACUAAAAAAAUUCAGAUAACAUGCUUAAAAACCAGGUACUGAAAUUGAUCCCUUAAUGAUAUACAUUCCGAUCACUACCACGAUAAUUAAGUGUCCAUCUUAAUUGUCACGCAAUGUUAUAAUCUCACACAGACCUCUUUUUCUUAACGAUCAUGGAAUCCUAUACGUCUUAAAAUAAUUGCAGUGGUCAAUGAACGCCCAAAAGUACUGGACACAUGUACAACAUUAAUGGGCUUGCCUGACUUAGCUGGCUCCCCUUUUUUUGCGGAACCUAUGUUUCUCUUCGGAUGUGCGUUGUGUAACACUUCAACUUACUGCAUGUUAACCUUAUGACUGAGUUGCGUAAAUUAUGCUCUGCGCGGGGAAUUUCCAUUACUCCAUAGACUCUUACAAUAUAUUUUUACAUACGCAUUGUUUUUGCUACUCAGAGUUUGUGUUUCUCUUAAAAAGCAGAUUCUCUAUUAUACUAUUUCGUUUUCUUGAAGCAAACGUUUGCUGGAACCAAAGUUCUUAUGCGAUGAAUGUUCCGUUAACCUUUAUAAUUUUUUUGCGAAGGUAACAACACUUUUCCUUAGAUGAAAACGCACUUCCCUUUUAUCAAAUUCAUAGGCAUUGGAGCUUAACCUGCUCAAAAACUCUGCAUUGUUGUACAUCGUAAAGGAUUAGUUAAACUAUUCUCCCCUCCUCUCCAUUCACUUUUAACAAGAAGAAAACGUGAAACUGGUAUAUCAUAAAAGCCUGCAAAGUAUUACCUUGCUAGAUUUUUGAGAACGUACCGAACAAACUAAGAUCGUCGUUUUUAUCCCCAAAAGCUAGGUAGCAGUUAUUCUUUCUUCUUUCACUUUCCAUAAAAGUAACAAACACAUUUUGCGCUUUUUUUGUUUGAACGUUUAAUUUCAACUAACGUGGGUUCCAUGUGCUAAAAGCUCAAAAUGUUUAACGCUUAAUUUUGACAUGUUCCACCGAACGGAUUUUGGCGGAUUUUUAGUAUGUUGCUAGAUAGGCCACCCUUACUUAAAAGGCGUUGAAAACAAUUCUGUUGCAAUUAGUUUGAUGUUGAGCCUCAAAAAUACCUAGACUGACUGGACUAUCAGGCCAAUUGUGAUGAACGGAUUAUUUUUAAAAAGUUUUGGGAAGCCUUUAGAUACAAUUUCUGUACCAAACGUUUGUACUUUUAAGGCCUGUUAAAGGGUGAUAAUUAGUUUUACUAUAAUGUGCCCUUCGACAUUCUAAAUUUUCUUGCUAACAUUAUAUAUAAUUAUGUACACGUAGUUUAAACAUCCUCCUGCUAAUUUAUUGUACAAAUAAAGUAUUAUCUAUAGAAUGGAGUAAAAAAAUACGAAUAAAAUACAAACAUUUUUAAGGCAAUGGAGCCUGCUACAUCAACUAUUUGUACUUUGAUAAGAAAAACUGAAUUAAAAAGUUCAUGAGUCAGUUCAAACGAGAACUUCAAACCUGGUGGCAAUUUAGUGUGUAAACUGCGUUUGAGUGAAUUUACCAUUUAUUUUAAUUGUACAUCCGUCGGUUAAUUUGUUCAGUUAAAAUAUGAUGAAUAUAAAUAUUUUCUGGAAUAAAGAGUGUUUUUUUGUAGAUCAAUUAAUUGAACUUCUUUCCGACAGAUUUUUGCUCAAACAACCGUCGUUUGAUUAGUGCUUUUUGUUUGUUUGUUUGUUUGUUUUUUGCGCAUUUUUUGUUUCUUUGUUUUUUGUUGUUGUUGUUGUUGUUGUUAAUUUGGUUUUAAAAUGUUUGUACUUGUCCUACAAAUACAAAUGGAACAUGUCAGACUCAAACUCGUUUCAAAUUAGAAAGCUUGUUUCUUCAGAGUCAAUGCACUUGACGGGUGAAAUAAUUUCUAAAGUGAGUAUCAGAACAAACGGCGCUAAUUACACUUGGUUCCAUCUUUAAUUUGUCACUGAUAGAUUCCAGCAGUGGGUGGCAGUACGACUCCAAAGCAUUCUUGUUUUCACUGGUGAACAAACCAGGAUGGGCACCUGUUAAACUGCCUCAGACAGGGAAAUAUGGUUCACAAAGAGCACAUUCUAUAUACUGUGUCCCAUCGCGUGGACCUUCAUUUGGAGGAGGACAUGACGUUCACAUUUCCAACUACGCGUCAUCCAAUAGCAAUUCUUUCAGCUGGCUUGGCUAUACUUACAGCCCACCGAGCGGGUACAGCUUCGGCAGCACCUUCGCCAAAACAUUCCUGGCAGGAUCGUACGCGUUCACACCAGAUGAAGUAGAAACUUUUUACGAAACAAACUAG